AUGCCCAAAAAUAAUAAUAUUCGCAAUAGUCAUUCUUCUUCCACCAUCGGAACAACAACAAGUUCGAAGAAAUCGGAAAGCUCGAAAACCACAUUCUCAUCAGGAGGAGUGGAGGGGAUCAAGAAAAAGCGAGUCAAUGCUCAGACUCAAUUGGUAAACUCCAUCCGAAAGAAGAAGAUGGAAAAGGCUUUACAACACGAAUAUGAAUUGGAAAAAUUACAUAAAGAGGAAGAACGAAACGAUUUUCUGAGCAAAAUUAAUGAUGAAAAUGCUGUUUCAACAGUGGAAGGACAGUUUGAUAUGAUGAGAGGAUUAUUGAAAAAAAACAAACAAACGAUCGGGUUUGGAUAUGUUUGA